GAACAAGCAUUAGAUGGACAGCCAAAACUAAAUACCAAUCUUGACAUUAUUUCUCUUAAACACAGUGACUUGUAUUUUUAUCUCCGUACUUAACGAUUUAUUUAUAUUCCGACAAGGUUUUUAAAUAGAUAUGACAAUAUAAAAUCCAUAACAAAAACCUGAAAUCCCAUUUAUCAAAACUCUGGAAAGGUUUUGUCGGCCCACCGAGUUAGUGUACACAUGGGUAGCUAACUUCUCGCUUCCCAUCAGAUGGUAGGGCAAAGAAACAUCGCAUUUUAAUGUUUUGGGGCUUUCAUCGUCAUCAUGUUGAAAUCCAAAACCUUCGUGAAGAAGACCCGGUCGGGAGGGGUGAUGAAGAUAGUGCGUGAACAUUAUCUGAGAGAUGAUAUUUGGUGCGGGAGCGAAGUAUGCACUGAGUGCAAACAGGAGUCCACGGUGCUGCAGAGAGACGCGUGUAUAGAGAGCAAUCUGUGCACUUAUCCACAUUAUGUGAUCCCUGACACGAAUGUGGUCCUGCAUCAGAUUGACGUGUUGGAGGAUCCCGUGAUUCGUAAUGUGAUAGUCCUUCAGACGGUGCUGCAGGAGGUUCGCCAUCGCAGUGCACCAGUCUAUAAACGCCUGAAGGACAUUAUACAUGAGAAAGAGAAACACUUCUACAGCUUUACCAACGAACACCACAAAGAGACAUUCAUUGAACGUGAACCGGGGGAGAGUGCCAAUGACCGCAACGACCGUGCAAUCCGUAUGGCGGCAAAAUGGUACAGCCAGCACCUGAAGACAUCCGAGUCCGGCGCAGAUGGACUCAAGGUGGUCCUCCUCACCAAUGAUCAAGGGAACAAGCAGAAGGCAGAAGAGAGCGGCCUGCUGGUGUACAAAUGUGAAGAAUACAUCAAGAGUCUGACAGGGAACUCUGAGCUUGUGGAUCGUCUGGCUUUGUCCAAUGAUGACAAGAAUGACAUCACAAGCAGUAAGUUGUUAUUCCCAGAGCAUCUCCCUCUGUCCAGGAUCCAAGCAGGAAUAAAGAGUGGCACAUUCCUCCAGGGCACCUUCAGAGCUAGCAGGGACAACUACCUGGAGGCCACAGUCUUCGUCCAGGGAGAGGGGGAAGAAAGCACAGAGGUUCUCAUCCAGGGUCUUCAGAACCUCAACAGAGCCGUGUAUCAGGAUGUGGUUGCUGUGCAGCUGUUGCCAAAGAAUCAGUGGGUGGCGCCCUCCUCAGUGGUGCUGCAGGACGAAGGCGCAGCAAAGGACGAUAAGGCUGAAGACGAAGAAGGAGAGGAGGAGGAGGAGAAAUCGCUGAAGAUAUCAGCAGCAGAAGCAGCCAGGAAGCCCACAGGUAAAGUCGUGGGAAUCAUCAAAAGGAACUGGAGGCCAUACUGCGGCAUGCUCAAUAUCUCCCAGAUCAAAGAGUCCACCCGUCAUCUCUUCACGCCAGCAGACCGCCGUAUCCCACGCAUUCGCAUUGAAACACGUCAGGCAUCCACACUGGCAGGCCAGAGGAUCAUGGUGGCCAUCGAUGGCUGGCCCAAAAACUCCAGAUAUCCAAAUGGUCACUUUGUGCGCAGUCUGGGAGGUGCAGGGGAGAAGGAAACGGAGCAGGAGGUGCUGCUACUGGAGCAUGACGUCCCCCACCAGGCCUUCUCUCAGGCUGUGCUCAGCUUCCUUCCCAAGAUGCCGUGGACCAUCACCCCAGAGGACAUGAAAAAGAGAGAGGACCUGAGGAGUCUGACUGUGUGCAGUGUGGAUCCUCCUGGAUGUACAGACAUUGAUGACGCUCUGCACUGUAGAGAGCUGGAGAACGGAAACCUUGAGGUGGGCGUUCACAUCGCUGAUGUCAGUCACUUCAUCAGACCUGGCAACGCUUUGGACAAAGAGGCUGCAAACCGCGGCACCACUGUCUACUUGUGUGGCAAAAGAAUAGAUAUGGUUCCUGAGCUGCUCAGCUCCAAUCUGUGUUCUCUACGCUGCAAUGUGGAAAGGAUGGCCUUCUCGUGUAUCUGGGAGAUUAACCACAAGGCUGAAAUUCUUAAGACCCGCUUCACAAAAAGUGUCAUUAACUCCAAGGCGUCUUUGACCUACGCUGAGGCCCAAAUGAGGAUUGAUGACACCACUAAGAAUGAUGAUAUCACCCAGAGCCUGCGAGGUCUCAACAAAUUAGCCAAAAUCCUCAAGAAGCAGAGAAGAGAGAAAGGGGCGUUGACGCUGUCAUCCUUAGAAGUCCGAUUCCACAUAGACAGUGAAACUCACGACCCCAUCGACCUCCAGACCAAAGAGCUCAUGGAGACAAACUCCAUGGUAGAGGAGUUCAUGUUGCUGGCCAAUAUUUCAGUCGCCCAGAAGAUUUACGAGGAAUUUCCAGACUGCGCCAUGCUGAGGAAACAUCCAGCACCACCUCCAUCUAAUUACGACAUCCUGUUCAAGGCUGCAAAGUCAAAGGAGGUGGCGAUCCACACAGAUUCAGCCAAGGCUCUGGCUGACUCCCUCGACGUGGCCAAUGUGGACGGGUUCAUGUACUUUAACACGCUACUGCGCAUCUUAGCCACUCGCUGCAUGAUGCAGGCCGUCUAUUUUUGUUCGGGCAUGGACAACGAUUUCCACCACUACGGCCUUGCUUCACCUAUUUAUACACACUUCACGUCACCUAUUAGGAGAUACGCAGAUAUUAUAGUGCACCGCCUGCUGGCAGUGGCCAUAGGAGCAGACAGCACCUACCCAGAUUUGAUGGACAAACAUAAGCAGUCAGCCCUCUCCAACAACCUCAACUACAGACAUAAAAUGUCUCAGUAUGCUCAGAGGGCUUCUGUGGCCUUCCACACACAGCUGUUCUUCAAGAGCCGAGGCAUACUCAACGAAGAUGGAUACGUUCUGUUUGUGAGGAAGAACGCAAUCAUUGUACUCAUCCCAAAGUUUGGCCUGGAGGGAACGGUCUUCUUUGACACCAAAGACAAGGCUGCCCCAAACCUUGUUUUUGAUGAUGAGGGUCCCACUCUAAAGGUAGAGCAGCACACCUUCCGCAUGUUUGACAAGGUAAAGGUCACCAUCAGCCUGGACGCCUCCAAUAUUCAGCACCAGAAGAUCCGCAUGGCUCUGAUUGACCCUGUGAUCCCUGGUGUGAGUGUCCCAGCUCCAGAUGUUCAACCACAGGCCAAGAAACCAAAACUGGACCGCUGAUGCAGAAAGCCACAUAUGAAUUCAACUUAAACUCAAGCUGAUACUCCAGAUCGAGAAGUCGUGAAAGUCAAUAAAAGAACCAGUUUGGACUCUUACAUGCAUUGACACAAUUAACUGUUAUACUUUGAGCAAGUUCCUAUUUUAAUAAAUUUACCACAGUGAAGCUGCACUGUUUCAACAUGCACCACGCUGCUUUUAUAUGGAAAUAAACACUUGUUUAUACAUAAACAAGGUCUACCAGUCAUAAAUUCAGUGUAACUUCUGAUCAAUGUAGAAGAGGACUUGAUCAUUACGGUGUUUUUUCUUUUUUACCCAUUUGUUUCUGUGUUUUCUGUGAAUUUUAGUGUUUAACCUUUCACAUCUGUUAAGUAUUUUUCAGAAAAUGGCUUAUAAUAAAAACUGACAAACAAUUCAU